UGUUGCUGGACAUUUCAUUUCCUGAUUUCAGAGAAAUCCAAAAGUCUCAUAGCAUUGGAGAAAGAAAUAAGAGACAAGUGACGAAGCCAAUCCAGCCACCGUGAACAGCAAGAGCAGACAAGGGGCCCCAUGGACAUGGCCUCAGAGGUCCACAUGCCAGAACCCAUGUGCCUCAUUGAGAAUGUGAAAAGACAGCUGAGACCUAACCAGAAAGCUCUGGGGAUCCUGUCUGCCAUCACUCAGCCCGUGGUGGUGGUGGCCAUUGUCGGCCUCUACCGCACGGGAAAAUCCUACCUGAUGAACAAGCUGGCUGGGAAGAAAACAGGUUUCUCUCUGGGUUCCACAGUGCAGGCUCAUACAAAAGGAAUCUGGAUGUGGUGUGUGCCUCAUCCCCACAAGCCAGACCACACUCUAGUUCUGCUUGACACGGAGGGCCUGGGAGACAUUGAGAAAGGCGACAACCAGAAUGACUGCUGGAUCUUUGCCCUAGCAAUACUUCUGAGCAGCAACUUUGUGUACAAUAGCAUGGGACCCAUCAACCAGCAGGCCAUGGACCAACUGCACUAUGUGACAGAGCUGACAAAACGUAUCAGAUCCAAAUCCUCCCCUGGCUGCGAUGCGGUGGAGGACUCUGCCAACUUUGUCAGCUUCUUCCCUGACUUUGUCUGGACUCUGAGAGAUAUGACCCUGAAGAUAGAAAUAGAUGGACAGUUACUCACAGCAGAUCAGUACCUGGAGAAUUCCUUGAAGCUCAAUGAAGGUACCAGUGAAGAAGUUGAAAAAUACAACCUGCCCCGACUCUGUAUUCGAAAGUUCUUCCCGAAGAAGAAAUGCUUUGUCUUCUAUCCACCCACCGAGUGGAAGAAACUCCGUGAGCUCGAGACCCUGCAAGAAAACGAGAUCGAUUCUGAGUUUUUGCAGCAAGUGGCAGAAUUCUGUUGCUACAUCAGUAGCAGUUCCAAGGUUAAAACUCUGCCGGGAGGCCUCAAGGUCAACGGCUCACGUCUAGAGAGUCUAGUGCUGACCUAUGUUGAAGCCAUUGACAGUGGAGACCUGCCCUGCAUUGAGAACGCAGUCCUGACUUUGGCCCAGAUAGAGAACUCAGCUGCGGUGCAAAAGGCCAUUGCCCACUAUGACCAGCAGAUGGGCCAGAAAGUGCAGCUGCCCACAGAAACCCUCCAGGAGCUGAUGGACCUGCACAGGGACAGUGAAAAAGACGCCAUAGAAAUCUUCCUUAAGACUUGCUUUAAAGAUGAAGACCAUUUAUUUCUAAUGGAAUUGGGGCAUCAGCUAGAAAACAGGUGGGACGACUUUUGUAGACGCAAUGUGGAAGCAUCCUCGAACCGUUGCCUGGCAUUACUUCAAGAUAUCUUCAGACCUCUAGAAGAAGCUGUGAAGUGUGGCACCUAUUCUAAGCCAGGAGGUUACUGCCUCUUUGUUCAGGACACACAAAAGCUAAAGAGAAGGUACCUUGAAGAACCAAGGAAAGGCAUACAGGCUGAAGAAGUCCUGCAGAAUUAUUUGGAGUCCAAGGAGGCGUCUUCUAAUGCAAUUUUACAGACAGAUCAGACUCUAACCGAAAAGGAAAAGGAGAUUGAAGUGGAUCGUAUGACAGCUGAAUCUUCACAGACUACAGCAAGAAUGAUGGAGGAAAUGCAAAGGAAGUACGAGCGGAUGUUGGAAAAUAAAGACAGGUCUCAUGAGAAAUAUGUGCAACAGUUGACUGAGAAGAUGGAAUGGGAAAGAGCUCAGCUAAUGGAAGAGCAAGACAGGGCUAUGGCCUUUAAGCUUCAGGAGCAAGAAUUACAACUGCAGAAGAAACUCUCAGAAGAAAGAAGAAAACAUCAAACGGAGAUUGAGGAAUUAGAGAGGCAAAGCAGAGAGACAAUCCUGAAAUUGGAAUCCGCACAAGCCAAAUCUGCACAGAUCACAGUAAAAAUGCUGGAGGAAACGAAGAAGAGAAAUCAGCAGGCCAUGGAAGAGAAAGAAAAGAUUUUUGAGGAUCAUGUGAGACAAUUAACUAAGGAGAUGGACAGGAAUACAGCUAGGCUAAUGACAGAGCAACGAAUGAUUUUGGAUCGUAAGCUUCAGGAACAGGAAGACAUUUUCAGAAACAAAAUCAGGAAACGUAACAAACGAUAUCAUGAUGAAAUUAUCAAUAUCAAAAAGAGAAGAGAGAAAUCUGGAUGCUCCUUGAUGUGAAAAGUUAAAACACAAUGACUUCCUUGCCGGCGCACUCAUUUCAGGACAGAAUUUUGCUGCUAAACUUCAGAACUUCUCACACUUUAAACCUAAUAUAAUCCAAAAUAGUGGGUUUUUUUAAUCUUUCAAAGCUUAAGUGUCUAUUAACUGUACGACAUGGGGGAUAUCAUUAUGACGUGUGUCAUUAUUCAUGUGACGUACUUUGAAAUUUUGAUGAUGCUGAAGUAACUAAAGAAACUCCGUUUUGCUCUG